AUGCUUGGACCUUACCGUCUCAUAUAUAAGCCACCAUGUUUUCCCCAGAGUUUAUUCACAACCUCACUCAUCAUCUGUCUUUCUACUUCGAAGUGUCAAACCCUUAGAAAUAUGCAGUCCAACGCUUCUUCAUCUAAAACCCCUCGUCGCUCUAUCGUGCGCUCAUUGCUUCAGCGUAUCACAAAGAAGAAGGACACCAAAGAUCCAUAUCCGAGUUUCCUGGAUGUGAGUCUUCUCCCAGUUCUCGGUUACUACGAUAUAUUUAACACGACGAACCGUCAGGUGUCCGCGGAAACUGAAAUUUGCCAACUUGGAGAUGACUUCUUCGCACUUGAUGCAAAUGAUGAUUUGUCUUCUGCCGACAAGUGA